AACAUAUAUAUUUUGAUGGAAAUAUUUAUCAUAUAUAUAUAUAUAUAUAUUUGAUGUUUGAUUUAAACUUUUUGUUAAAUCAUUAAUAAUUAUUUAUUAUAUUAGUUUUUGAAUUAAUAAGACAUAAAACAAAAAUUAUUCGUAAGAAAAUAAUGCCACAUGUGCGGGCAAAACACCUAGUAAUUAAGUAAUUAACAUUUAGUUCCUAUAUUAACCGGUUAUACCACUAUUUUUAUAAGUAUCCGGUGAAAAAAGAGAAAAAUAGAUGACGUCGUCCGUUGAAAGAUAUGGACAAAAUAAAAACACCACUAUUAUCAUCAUAUCACAUAGCGCCACCAACAUUACACACUUAUUUAUCACAUAUAUAUGCACCAUAGCCAUUAAAAUGAAUGGUUAAAAAUGGAUGAUGCCAUCUUAGACAAAGAAGACAUGAUGAAUUCACGUCAAUCUGAAACUAUAUUAAUUGUGUCUCAAACGACCCAAAAUGUACAAUUCCAUAGUUUAUAAGUACUCGAGCGUUCUAUUCCAUAUGCCGAAAUAGUAUAAGAUUCUAAUUUUACUCUCAAUCCCUAAAUACUAAAUACUAAACCCUUAAUCCAACCCUUAAUUACUAAACCCUAAACCCUAACCACUAAACACUCAACCCAAACAUAAAAUAUAAUAUAUAUAUAUUUCAAAUAAUUUAAGUAAAUAAAAAUCUGAAAAUAUAAUAAAAUCGUCAAAUGGAAUGAAACAUUAUAAAAUAAUGUAGUAUCAAAAUAUAUCACGCUACAUAAUACAAAUAGAACAUAUUACUUUACAUUUUUAUUCUAUAUGUAUAUAAUAGAAUAGAACUCGACAAACAAAAACUGUUCAUCUUUUUCGAUCAGUUUUUAGUCACUCACAUUACAGAGAUAAGCGUAUCUUACGACAGCGGUGGAGAUGAUACAUGUAACCUCAGCGGAGAAAGGAAUUUUGUUGCUAAUACAAUGGAUGGAAGAGAAGAACAGACGAUGGUGGAAGUUCAGAGAACAUGGAGUGACUGUGACAAAAUCGAAUACGAUGGUGACGGUGAGAAAAUCAAUGGUGAUAGAUGGAGGUGAUUAAGGUGGAAUGGCUAGAGAUUUGUGUUCUAUAAAAAAAACAUAGUUUUGAAAGAAAGAAAAAAAAAAGAAAAAAAAAUAGAAAGGAAUCAUCCAGUUACUUCUGAAGGGUAUUUUGGCAUAUAUGAUAGAAAAUAUGUUGAAUAUUGUGGUCAACUUUUUUUUAGUUAGAUAAUGAAUUAUAAUUUGUUUGAUUGUCAUACAAUGCAAUUCCCCUAAUUUGUUUGAUUUGUUUGCCUAUAUCACCACCAGUACUCUGUCGGUAUACCUGAUUUCGUUUAUGUGUUAUAACCUUCUCUAACUAUUACCUAAAGAUAUGCAUAGAGAAGUAUAGUUUCUACCCAUUAUUCUUUCUUCUUUUUUUGAUUGAAUAUCAAAUUUAUUGAUCAAGCUAGCACAUUUACAAGUAGAGGGGUAUGUAAUCAAAUCUAUUAGGAAGAAAAAAAUUUAAGAAUGAGUGAUGUCUUGCUUAAAUUUAGGUGACUUCAAACCAUCUUCCAUCAACCCCUUCAGUGGAUGGUCCCAGGCGUAGCGUAGAGAUGAUAUCCGAUUCCUAACUUGCUUGUCAAUACUUCUAGAAAUCUUCUCCGUUGUGACCCACACACCUCCAUGCCUUCUUGAAUUUUGUUCUCUCCAGAUAGAAUAGAGAACCGUCUGAAACACUAUCCUUCGUAGCACAGAAUCAAGCCGACUCCGCGCAGGCUGCAGCAAGGACACAACAGUAUCAUUCCAGUCAGGAGAUAUGGCAUUACCGAAUAGCUUUCCUGCAGUUUGCAGCCAGACAGUAAACGAGUAGGGACAGGCAAAAAACAGGUGAUCCCUUGUUUCAUUCUUCUCUCCACACAGCAUACAACACUCUCUAUACCCCAGUUCUACCCAUUAUUCAAUGUUCAAUAUUACCUAGAUUACAUAUUUUGCUUUUUCAGUUAUUAUGUUUUUUUGUACUACAAAAAUAUGAAAUUUUCAAUAAUCGCAUUGAUAAUUUGUUUUGAGAAAUCUGAAUUCAUAUUUUUUCCUAAAUCUAUCGUAAUUCCUCUAAAAAUAUCGCAAAAACCAUAUUCUAAUAUCGUAACCGCAUCCGAAAUUUUCCAUACCCUGAACCCUAAUACUAAUACUUUAAAACUUUUGUGGUACGAGAAAGCAUAUAUGGAAAUUUUCCUCAACUCCAUUUAAUUUGUUUUGGCUGUAUAAAAAAUCGAAUUCUAAUAUCCUCAUUUCAAACUUAAACGUUACAUGCAAAACCAUAAAUCUAUUUUUCAAACUUAAACUCUAAUUACAUAUAUAAUUUUCAAAAUUUAGCCCCAUGUCAUAGUUUAAAAUUUAAUGUAUAAUAUUAUGAUUUGUAUAAUAUUUACGUAUUUAUGUAUAUUUUUAUAUGUAUGUAUUUUAAUUUAUAAAUAACUAAUAAAUUUUAUUUUGUUUUUUACUACUUUUUAUUUAUAUAAUAGCUAACUUAACCACAAAAUAGUUGUGGUAAAAUCGUCGCUAGUUAACUAUGAAUUUUUUUUACACAAACUGUGAUUAAUUAUAGUUUUUUCUAGCCACAAUGUCAUAACUUCGAAAAUGUGACUAUUUCUUCACGAUUUUUUGCUAUAUAUCUCCAUGGCUAUAUAGAAAAUUUCUACUAGUGGACGUAAAUACUUGUUGGAACUUUUUUUUUUUUUUUUGACAACACUUGUUGGAACUUCUAAUAUGCGAAAUUUGAAUAAUAUGUAAUUAGUCUAUGAAUAAACAUUUUCAUCUGUAAAAUGCCAUUUAUAAACAGGUUUUCUCUUUAAUUUUCUUAUUAGUUAAACCAAAUUUUGUGUAUACAGAAGUAUAUGUCAUGUCGUGAUGGAGAUUGUAUGCUCUUUGUCCUUGGAUAUUGAGGAAUGAGGGUAGGAUGUCUGUCUUCCAAAAUUAAUUAAUUAUGCUAAAUAAAAUAAUCUACCGUAUCUAUUUUUUUCAUCGAGAUACAUAUAUAGAUAUUUUCCAUUUAGAUUUCAAUGUUCAUUUAAAUUGUUAAACUUGAACACGAAAUAAAAAACCAAAAACUUGACAGAAAUGAGCGAAGAAAUAUAACAAUGUAGAUUUUUUUUUUGAACACUAAAUAACAAUGUUUUCUUAAAUAAAAACAAAAAACACUAAAUAACAAUGUAAUUAUUUAGUUAAGUUAAAAAUAAACAACUUAUAGUUUAAGCAGGCUAAUAUAGCUUCUAAGGUACAAACAUAGAUAGAGGAGGAUAUGCUGGACCUUACAAUUACAUAUCACCAUGCUAGACCCAUUUUCUAAAUUUGCCAACUAUAAUUGCAAUAUUAGUGUCAGGCUGUCAGCCGCUAAAUAUUUUUAAAUUACUUAUGUGACCUUCUCACCCUUUCUACUCUGCCUAACCUUUGAUCCUGAACCGGGUAUGGAAAUUCAAAAUGACAAUAAUAAUAAAAUUAGGUUCAUAUACCAGACAGAAUUACUCCGUCAAACCUUAGAAGAAAAUAUGUAAUCUAUUCCGGUUUACUAUUUAACGGAACUUCCGGACCAACCAACAUAAUCGGUUCUGGCAUCAACGGGUAAAAAUAGACAACGAUGGAAAAUAGAAAGGGGCGGUUACGUCUUUAGAUGAAAAGCAAAGGUGAUUAGAAAAUUAUCCCUAAUAUAAUAAUACGUAGAGAGCUUCUUAAAAAUCAUAGAAACCAACAACAAAAUAAUCAGCUGGAGAAUUAAGAACAAGGAAAAGAGCCUCCAGAAAUCUUCAUCUCAAGAUUGACCUAAUUACACACACAAAAGAAAAGAUAUGGGUUACUGGAAAUCGAAGAUUGUUCCAACAAUGAAGAAAUUGUUCGAGAGAAGCCCAGCAAACAAGGAUGUUGUUGCUGAGGCUAGCAAGACCCCCGCCUUUGAUGAUUCUAAGGAAGCAAUCAACAAGGAGAUUGAAGACAAAAAGACAGAACUGGAACCCAAGGUCUUGGAUAUCUAUGAAGCCACGUCUGCUGAACUCAAGGCUUUGGUGAGGGAGCCUAAAGAAGAUGGUUUAACGAAACACUCUGCCGAAGUGAACAAAUUCCUCGAGGCACUUGUUGAAAUUGGAUUCCCUGGAUCAAAGGAUGCGUGUGAACUUUCAUCUACUAGCUCCGGACCAGUGACGUUCAUAUUUGAGAAAGUAUGUGUGUUUCUCCCGGUGGAGGAGAAGUCACGAGAGGUGGAAAAUGUGGAAGAAGUCGCGAAAACCGAAGAACCGUCCAAAGAAGAAGACACCAAACCGGCCAAGGAAGAUGAGAUUAUUACAACCGCUGAGAAAGAGAAAGAAACAGUUGAAGAGAAGAAAGAAGAGGUUCUACCCGCACUUGUUCCUGUCGUGGCGGCUGCGGAGGAGGAGAAGCCAGCCGUGGAAGAGGAGAAGAAGCCAGCCGUGGAAGAGGAGAAGAAGGAAGCAGUGGAAGAGCAGAAGAAGCCAGUGGAAGAGGUAAACAAAGAAGUUGUUGCCGCAGCAGCUCCGGUGGUUGAAACUCCGUCGACCAAUGUCACAGCAGCUCCGGUGGUUGAUGCUCCGGCAAAGGCUCCCGAAGCCUUGGCGGCUGAGCCAGAAAAGGUUUAAAUAUUCUCCAUGGUACAUUUCUUUAUAAAAACAUUGCUUGUUUUGUGUGGAUAUUAUUUUGUUGUUGUUUAAUUUAUUUAUUAUCUAUGUGGAUAUUAUUUAUAUGUAUUAAUUUGCUUGCUUGAGUUGUAUAUUUAAAAAAAUCCAACACUA